CUAAAUUAGGUCAGAUUAAUAUGAAGGUUAUUUAAUGGUUAGAAGUGGAGACUGAAGGGAAGAAAGCGAGAGAUAGUACAGGGCUGAUCUGCAGAAACACAUUAUACGGUGAAAUGCAUACGUGUACUGUAUCAAUGUUGCGCAAAAUUUGUAUGUUUGUCUCAAUGUAAGAGCCUGUGAGCGCGUUAGAUAGUGGGUUGCGUCAACGCACGGCUCUGGUUGCUCUGUGAAGUUGGUAAAUAAGCUUGACCUCGCGCGUUAGUGAGCGAGACAAAUUGGAAGAAACGCAGCUGCAGCUAGCAUAGAGGAGGGCGACACAAACAAGCUGCAACUCCUGCUGCGAGCCAACGCGAACGUGCUGCUAUAUGCAUACUAAAUAAAGAGCGGUCAGAACGUUGGCCUCUUCAGUUUGAGAAACAAACGCGCACGAGAGCUGCUGUCCAUCAUGGCAGGCGAUAUGAUGUUACUCAUGCGAGGCUUGGCAAAGUUGAGCCAGGCGGUGGUAGAGACUCAGGGCAGCACCCUGCGCAGUGGAACAGGGGUCGCCGGAGUGGGUGCUGCAGUCCAAAGUGUCCAAUCGGCUGCUGAGCAAGGCCUGUCUGCCGCUAUGAUGAAAAUGCAGGAGCUGACUGGCCAGCAGCAGGCCUCUUCAUUGGAGUACGAAAUUGACUUUCCUCAGGAUGACCGUGCAUUUGCAGCUUCAGAGUUUAGGGAGGAAGGUGUAGACUUCACAGCAGAUAACACUGGAAGUAGUGAUGAUGCCGCAGCCCAUCACAGCGCAGCAUCAGGAGCGGGCCAUAUCAAACAGUCGUUGUUUGAGGGAUACAAAGAUCCAAGCAAACAGUUUAGUGGACACACCAGAUCUUAUCACCAAAACACCAGACAUUUCUACAACCACAGUCUGAACAGGCAUUUGUGGGGACAGCAUCAGAUCAGUCCGCUCAGGCGCUACCAUCAGGACCCGUCCACAGUUGGAGGGCUGACGGCCGAAGACAUUGAGAAAGCAAGACGGGGCAAAAAGGCUGAGAUCAAAUCACACAAACAGAUGUUGAGUGAGAGAGCCAGAGAGAGGAAAGUUCCGGUGACUCGGCUCGGCAGACUGGCUAACUUUGGAGGUCUAGCUGUAAGUUUGGGGUUUGGAGCCCUGGCAGAAGUUGCCAAGAAGACCAUGAGCAGACACAGUGAUGCAGCAGGUGAAAAUAAAAAAGGCGUUCUGGACUCCAGCCCGUUCCUGUCAGAGGCCAACGCUGAACGCAUUGUCAGAACCCUGUGUAAAGUCAGAGGAGCUGCAUUGAAACUGGGACAGAUGCUCAGCAUUCAAGAUGAUGCAUUCAUCAACCCAGAACUCGCGAAGAUCUUUGAUCGAGUAAGACAGAGUGCUGACUUCAUGCCCAUCAAACAAAUGACAAAAGCGUUGAACAAUGACUUGGGUCCUAACUGGAGAGACAAGCUGGAGUCGUUUGAGGAGCGUCCGUUUGCAGCAGCGUCCAUUGGCCAGGUUCACCUGGCGAGGAUGAAGGAUGGCAGGGAGGUGGCCAUGAAAAUCCAGUACCCUGGUGUGGCUCAGAGUAUCAACAGUGAUGUCAACAACUUGAUGGCAGUGUUGAGUAUGAGCAAUGCCCUUCCUGAAGGUCUGUUUCCUGAGCACCUGAUAGACGUGAUGAGAAGAGAGCUAGCACUAGAGUGUGAUUAUAUCAGAGAAGCCCAGUGUGCAAAGAAAUUCCGGGAGCUAUUGAAGGACAACCCGUUCUUCUAUGUGCCAGAGGUGAUAGAGGAGCUGUGCAGUAGCCAUGUCCUGACCACAGAGCUUGUCCCCGGGUUUCCCUUGGACCAGGCUGAGAACCUCCCACAGGAGCUGAAGAACGAGAUCUGUGAGAACAUCUUGGUGUUGUGCCUCAGAGAGCUGCUUGAGUUCAGGUACAUGCAGACUGACCCAAACUGGUCCAACUUCUUCUAUGAUCCUCAGACACACAGGGUGGCGCUGUUGGACUUUGGAGCCACGAGAGGAUUCGAUCAGAGUUUCACUGAUGCCUACAUAGAGGUAAUCCGUUCAGCUGCCGAGGGCGACAGAGAGGGAGUUCUGAAGAAAUCUAUUGAGAUGAAGUUCCUGACCGGGUAUGAGUCCAAGGCAAUGAUAAUUGCCCAUGUGGAUGCGGUGAUGAUCCUUGGUGAGGCCUUCGCCUCCACAGACACAUUUGAAUUUGGCUCCCAGUCCACCACGAAGAGAAUCCACAACCUCAUCCCUGUGAUGCUCAAACACCGGCUCACCCCCCCUCCCGAGGAGACGUACUCACUCCACCGUAAGAUGGGCGGCUCUUUCCUCAUCUGCUCCCGGCUGAAUGCUAAGCUGCAAUGUAAGGACAUGUUCCAAAAAGCAUAUCAGAAGUACUGGGAAGGCCGCACACCACCCUCUGACUAAGCCUUAGCCAAUCCCAAGUGUCAGGCAAUUUGAUGGACAGAUCCUGGGGCCAAUGGCAAAGCGCAAGCCAGUGGUGACACACACAACAGCAAAGCAGAUGCCCUUGAAUAGUCAUCGAGCACGAGGUUAUCUUUCCCGUUUUGGGAACCUCACUGCGAUGAUUUUGUUUUCAAAGGCACUUGUAUGUACUUACAGCCAUCAUUUCUUUGUUUGAGAGGGAGCAGCAACAUGGCGUCGGGAGUGCAUUAAAAAUAACUCUAUCUAUGGCCCUGAGUGGAAAGACUGGAAAGGUUGAGGUGGAUGGAAGAAGAGAGACAGCCUUGCAUAAAGUUGUUCCGCUGUAACAUGAAACAUGUGAAAAGGUUGGAAAUUAAUCUCUCCUGAAGUUUUCAAGAUUAUUAUUCCGUUUUCUUUUGUUUUGCAUUGCUGUGUUGAUCUUUUGUAAAAUCCAACCAACUGUACCAACUUUAUG